AUGCAUUAUUUUUUCUGGGUGUAUCCCAACUGUAAUGGCGGAGUGGAAAUGGAAUGCAUCAAGAGUCGGCCAUUUUCAUUUAAAUUUGGCGGCUUUCCAGUCAAAAUCGGGCAGUGGGACGAGGGCGUAACCGAAGUUUGUAGCGACUUCACGUUGAAUUCGAGUUUUCAAGUCAUGCCGACGGGUGUGCACAUUUGUGCACAAGCGUGUAGGUUUGUUGGUGGGAUCAGCCGGGUGGCCAGGACGGCCGAUUUCAUGCCCCAUGGACCAAUGUCUCGUCUCGGUCUUUCGCGGUGGGAGUAG